AUCUGAUUCAAACAACACCUUACACCAUGGCAACCACGGGCAUGCAGUUGCUGGGCCUAGUCAUGUCCCUUCUUGGGUGGGUAGGUGGGCUGAUAGUGUGUCUCAUGCCCCUGUGGCGGGUCACUGCCUUCAUCGGUAACAACAUAGUGACGGCUCAGAUCAUUUGGGAAGGCCUUUGGAUGAAUUGCAUUGUGCAGAGCACAGGUCAGUUCCAGUGUAAGGUGUAUGACAGCUUGCUGGCUCUACCCAGUGACAUGCAGGCUGCCCGAGGCCUAACCGUGUUCUCCAUCCUGAUCUGUGGCCUGGCUCUUUCUCUGGGGGUCCUCGGAGUCAAGUGCACUAAGUGCAUCGGCGUAAACAGCGCCAAGGCCCGUAUUGCUCGCAUCUCUGGCGCCCUUUUUGCCAUCGCAGGCUUCCUCUACCUUGUGCCCGUCUGCUGGACUGCGCACUCCAUCAUCAGGGAUUUCUAUGAUCCACAUGUGGCGGCCCCACACAAGCGUGAGCUUGGCCCUGCCCUUUACAUCGGCUGGGGGGCAUCAGGCUUGCUCCUCAUUGGGGGAUCUCUGCUCUAUACUGGGUCAAGUCCCCCUGGCCUCCCAGGCUCUCCCACCUUCAGCAGUGGAGAAAGUAGUCCACGCAGGGCACCUGCCUCACAAGUCAAAGGUUAUGUUUAAGUUUCUGAAAUGUCUGAAUGCCUUCAAGUCCCACAAAUACACCCCAAAUGAUGACAAACCUGAUUCUUUUCCUUUUGAUUUUGCUCAUUGUAAUUAUUUUAUAUUUAAUGUUAUUCCAGUUAGCUUUUUUCUCUGAAAAGCCACAGGAGGCUGAUUAGGGAAAACUGAACUCAUUUUAUUAUUUCAUACCUGAUAUCCUUCAAUAACCUUGUUCUUUGUCUGUCAGUGUAAAAAUACAAUAAACGUUUUUGGUCUUCCAAAUCUUCCCAUGAG